GAGUAGAUGCGUUAUUUAUUUCUCAAGGGGUUUUAAUAUCGUUUUCUUUCUAUUUUUUUCAGAAAAUACAACAUUGUAAGGCUCCUCAACCUAGAACGUUUCCCAACAGUAGAAGAGAACAAUUCAAUCCUAUACUUCCUUGAGAUCGAAUUAGGCUGCGAUGCCUUGGACUACACAGAGCGAGUCGCUGAGUAUGUGUAUCUUCAAAAAGACAAAAUGCAAAAUAAGGACGCGCAGCUCUAUUAUCCAAGGGAUCUGGGUUGGAAGAAAGAAGCUGUAGUUCAUUUGAUCAUCGCCGUCGAUCAUGAAGGUCAGCGGCUGCAUCGAUUCAUAGAAAAAAUUGAACAAAUUUUCGAGGAAAGUCUCGAGGUAGAUUUGCAUCUUGUGAUUGUACACUCUGGGAAGUCAGGACUAGAUAUUGAAAGAAUUCUCCAAGGUACUUCUCUACAGAAGUACAAAAUUAAACAGCUGGAAGGAGAAUUCUCUUGGACGCGAGCCAUUAAUUCUGGAGUAAGACUGGUUGAGGAUUCACAAGGCAUUGUUGUCACUAGUGAUGUUCACAUGUAUUUACAGGCUUCAAUAUUUGAAGACUGCCGCAAGCAUUGUAUUGAAGGGAAGAUGACUUUUGCACCAGUCUUUUAUGGCCUGGACUGCGGGGCAUACCCUAAGAAACCGAAGGGUUCAUGGCAUAACCACGGUUACCAAAUGAUUGGCAUGUUUAAGAAAGAUUGGGAACGGAUUGGAGGACUGGACGAGGGUGUAAACGAUCAUCUGGCAGCCUGGGACCUAGUGGAUCGUAUUUUAUCCAAUGGACUGCACGUGGCCCGGAUGAAGAGAGCAAACCUGUUUCGCCUGUUUGAUCCUGAAUCACGUAAAUCGCAAGCCUGGCGAAACUAGACAGUGAUAUGAAUGAAUGAAUUAUAAGCGAUAUCAGCAAAUGGACUAAGAUUUCGCAAAGUUUCCCUCCCAAAUUUUUUAUUCCUUGUACGUAUGGAGACCAUACACGAACUACUGAAUAAAAAUCCUCUAAAUCACUAAUAGGCUGUCAUAAUGAAAUGAACGCUGUUUUUGAAUGCUAACUUGAAGGCGUUUCUAAUCCACCCCUAGGGUUGGUUAAUUUUUGCAAAUUAAUCUUGAUUGAAUAAAAAUAAAAAUAAAACAUCACCAUGGUUUUCUGGGCGGGAAAUCAGAUGGAAAAGGGCGGGUUAUAGUUAAUUUACAGGGAUUUAAAGAUUCCCUACGGCAAGGGACUACUUCGGUUUCUUUGGCCGUGAGGGAAUAGGCAGAUCUUUGUAACGGGGACUCAGCGUCCUGGGUACGAUAUCGUAUGCCGUUGCUAAGCAGUGAAGGCUUUAAUCGCUUUUUGUUGGUUUUUCUCGGUGUUAAGCCAAUCAGAAAUCGAGUAGGUUUUGGAGACGAAAAAGGUUCUUGCAAGCCAUAUAUAUCUGAUCAAAAUUAUUUUUUAAAUAUUUUUAUACGUUUGAUUACUGUACAAAACGGAGCACCUUAUCUUUCAGCCGUCCCAUAUAAAUAGUUUUUGAGUUGAAAAUUCGAGCCUUAGUUCCACUUAAUGUCAAUAAAUUGUUAGUUAAACAUUUCGUAACUUACCCAUUAAUACUACAGAAUAUUUAAAACAUUUGAUUACUGU